AUGUCAGCGGGAGCGUCGCCUUCCCUGGUAGAGGUCACGGAGUUGCCUACAGCAAAAUCCCACUCCCAUGGUCGAGGUCGCGGCCAUGGUCACAGUCGGUCUGCGCGCUGGGCGCAACCGCCACUUCCUAGCCCACAGGAAUACUCAAAUGCUUCCAACUCGCCCCUCUCGAAACCGCUAGACAACGAGCCAGGCAGCUAUUCCUACAGACAUGCUUCGCGACCCUCUGUCCAUGCACAUGGUCACUCCAAUUCUUUCCAGUCAAGCGGUCAUCACUCGAAUCCUUCGACCGCGUCCACGAUUUAUCACGACCCGUCACACUCGCAUGCACAUGAUCAUACACACAGCCAUGACCACGACCACCACCACCACAACCAUCACCAUCAUCAUGAGGGAAACCCUUCCCAAUCGCACAAUCACCAGCUUCAGUCGGCCAUGACGACGCAGGACACCCCUCGCGCGAAGCCGAAAUUGCUAUCUGAGACGAUGAGGGGCGUGUUGCUUGCGUCGCCCUGGAUUAUUUUGUCGUGGUCGGCGCGGGGUUACGGGCAAACGAACAGCCCGGAAGACCCUUCCACUCCCUUCAACGAAAGCCUUGGACGCGUUGGUACAAUGGUUGGGAUGCUGACAGCGAUGACUAUGUUCACCUUUGGCUGUGGGGCAAUCGUGGUUGAGAAUAUUCCCAGCAGCAAGUCGUCAACUGCCGCGUCCUUCAAGUUUCCCAGGCUUCCAAGAGCCAGCGUGCAGGUGGGAAAGCUAGCUAUCCUGCAGACUCUCUCGGUAGCAUUGCCGGUCUACGCUGCUUUGAAUGUUGGUGGCUUCUUGGUGGCCUUUAUCCAUCUUCUCAUAGCGGCGUCGGGAAUCCCUGGUGGGGUCAGGAGGGGCUAUCUUCAGCAAUACAGCAAGAAGAUGUUUACCUUGGCCGUUCUCGGAGUGACGGUCUUGCUGAGCUUUUUUGGUAUGAACAAGCCCUGGGGUUCUUCACCUACUGGAGGAUAUGUCGCGCUUUCCCUUUCGGCAGUCGUGUUCCCGCCGUUUUUCCCACGCUCAAUACUGGAAGAUCCCAAUUCAGAGCCCGGUCUCAGUGUUCAAUCUAUAGCUCAGCAAGACAAGCCUCAGGGGAGUGGACAGAGAUCUGUGACCCCGAAAGCCGAUGGUUCCCUCGCUAUACUCACUGGACCUGUUUUGGCCGCUCUAACUAUAAUCCUUUCUGGUGGAAAGACCCUGAGUGCAUGGGAAUUGAUCACUUUGAUGCCCACCGCAAUCCUUUUCGCGCUUGCAUUGUUCAUCUGGUCUCCACAAAGUCUUUUCUCUCGCAACAAGAUUGGUCUCGCCGCCAGCAGUUCAAUCGCGGCACUGCUCUGUUGUCCUAACAAAGAAGAUGAUCUUCUUUUCAAUUACGCCGUCCGCGCUAUUCUCGUAUUAGUGGGCUUUUAUGCUUCUAAGAUGGAUGAUAGGCAUCUCACCGAAGGCGACCACUCCCACGCGCAUACGCACCCGAAUCAUCACCAUGGUCACUCUUCCGCUGCGAAUGCCGAGGCUACCCGAGUCACGAAGUGGUUACUCCGGCGCAGCGAGGAUUAUCCCUUGUUGCACAGCAUUCUCAAGGAGAGCGAUUCUCGCAGCAUCUUCUACUUCAUGUGUCUGAACUUUACGUUCAUGCUCGUUCAAUUGUCCUAUGGUUUCCUGACGGGUUCUUUGGGCUUGUUGAGUGAUAGCAUUCACAUGUUCUUUGACUGCCUGGCGCUCGUUGUUGGCCUCUGCGCGGCCGUCAUGAGCAAGUGGCCCCCAAAUUCACGGUUCCCCUAUGGUUAUGGUAAAGUGGAUACCUUGUCUGGGUUUGCCAAUGGUAUCUUUCUCAUGAUCAUUAGCGCGGAGAUCAUCUAUGAGGCGGUGGAGCGGCUGUCAUCGGGAAGUCAGAUGCAUCGCAUUGGUGAGUUACUAGCUGUCAGUGUUGCAGGUCUGCUCGUCAACCUAGUAGGCAUCUUCAGUUUUGAGCAUGGGCACCACCACCAUGGACAUGAUCAUGGUCACGAUCACUCUCAUGGGAAUGAGAACAUGCAUGGGAUCUUCCUUCAUAUUCUGGCCGACACACUGGGCUCCGUGGCCGUGGUGAUCUCCACGAUCUGCGUACACUACUCGGGAUGGGCAGGCUGGGAUCCUCUGGCGUCAUGUUUCAUUGCCAUUCUUAUCUUUGCCUCUGCAGUUCCGCUGGUCAGUGGCACAGCGAAGAGUCUUCUCCUCACUUUGCCAGCGGAUACCGAAUACAAUAUUCGUGAGACCUUGGCUGGAGUGAGUACGCUCCGUGGAGUUGUCAGCUACACCGUUCCGAAAUUCUGGCUCGAUGACACCAAUUCGGCAUCGUCGUCCGGACACGAUCAUGCGCAUGGUCAUGGCCACAUUCAUGACCAGAGCCAUGAUCAUCAUCAUCAUCAUCCUCAUCAUCAUGAUCACGAUCAUAGUGGCCAUGAUCAUAGUCAUGACCACGACCACGACCACGACCAUGAUCUUGGACACAAACACAAGAGCCAGAAUGUUCUCGGUGUGAUACACGUCAUUGCGUCCCGUGGAUCGGACUUGGAAGAUGUCCGUCAUCGGACAGUGGACUACCUCCGCGAAAAGGGCAUGGAUGUCGUGGUCCAGGUAGAACGCGACGGGGACGGUCGUUGCUGGUGUGGAGCUGGCAACAAAAGCCCUUGA